UGCCUCUGUGGUCAGUGUACAGACAUAUUUUGUUAUCAACCGUGUGUUGUGUUUACUCAAAUUACGAAAAUGAUGAAAACAACGUUCGUGUCGAUUCUUUUGACCUGGAUGGCCGUAGUUAGAUGUGAACCUCCAAGUAACAAUUACGGUACACCAUUGGGUGAUCCCAUUAGCAGUUAUGGGACACCAAAUCAUCAUGCAAACACUGACAAUUACGAUCACGGUGAACCAAAAGCAUACGAAUUCGGCUACCAAGUAAAAGACGACUACUCCGGAAACAACUACAACAGACAGGAAUCCAGCGACGGCAACCAAGUCCGCGGUGAAUACCGAGUCGCCCUUCCUGACGGACGUACCCAAAUCGUGACGUACUACGCCGACUGGCAAAGUGGCUUCCAUGCCGACGUGAGGUACGAAGGAACCGCUCAAUACCCGGAACAGUACAACCAGGGAGGACACGGAGGAUACAACAACGGUGGACAACAAUACGGUGCCCCGUCCCAGCAAUACGGUGCCCCAGCCUACAAUAACAACAACAACAACAACGGAUACAGCGGUGGAUACAGCCAAGCCGGAUCGGCCACCAGCUCCGUCCACAUUAAAGACUACUCCAGCGAAGCCACUCCUUACAACAUCAACAACAAUUUGAAUUCGGGCUACAACUAUAACAACAACGGCAACAACUAUGACUCGUACAACUCGGGAAGCUUCAACAAAAGACCCACCAAUGAAUAUGGAGCACCAUAAUUUAGUUGAAUAACGUCUAGGAUAAUUUGGACCUCGUAUUGUGUCAUUUAUGUUUUAACGAUCGUGACUCAAUCCAUGAUUAUAACUAGUUUUGUAAUCUUUUGUAUAUAAUUUUAUAUAUUGAUUGA